UUCUUCUCCUCGACAUUGUCGUCUUGUUUCCGCUCCCGCGCGUCGGUCGGUGCACAGUGUCCGCAGUACUUACAACUGUGCGCGUGUGCGUGUGGGCGCGCUCUCUUAUAUCGGUGGAUUCCUAUCGGCGCACAUAAUGACGUACUCCGUGAUCGCAGGGGAAAAAUCAAAGCAAGAGCCAGUAUGGAACGGCCCACUGGACACGGCGCGAACCGACACGGACGUAUCGUUCCUCGCGCUCUUUGCCACUUUGAUGUUUGUCUGGCUCUUGGUGUCCGUUUACGCCUUCGUAGCCGGCGAUGUGCUGCAGAUCCACUACUCCAACAAUUUUCGACACAGAGAGGUGCUCGAGCUGUCUUAUUAUCUCUACGAGAACCUCUACAGGGCAAGGUACAUAGUAAUCACGUUCGUGACGCUAACUACGCUGCUGCUGGCCGGCUACGUGACGCUGUUCCGAUACGCGACAAAGGCCCUGCUGCUGACCACCGUCUUUCUGAUGGUCCUACUUUUGGUCGUCGACUACGUCUUCAUCGGCUUGUACCUCGCCAACCACGACGACUACAAUUACUCGUUUCUGCUGAUCGACGUGGCCGUCAGCGUCGCAUUGGCCGCGGUGGUGUACGCCUUCAAGAAAAUCGGCACCGACAUGGUGUGCAAGGUCAUCAAGGAGUCGUGCAAGGCGAUGUUCUUCUUCCCGUCGACGCUGCUCUUCACCUUCUGUCAGUUCCUCGUGCACCUGUGCAUAGUCGUGUACGCGCUGGCCGUAUGCGAGUUUCUACGGGCCAUAAAAGUCCCGGACGCCGGCUUUGAGCCCCGAAUCGUCCCUUCGUGGAACGACAGCGGCAACAGCACCAGCAGCGAAGCUUACUACGACGAGAUGAUAGACGAAGCGGCGCCGGUAGCCGGCACCUCGCCGGUUUACGUUUACGUUAUGCACGUCAUCAACGUCGUCUGCUUUUUCUGGGCGAGCUCGUUCAUUGCUGGCCUCGGGAGGAUGGUACUGACGGCGGCCUUCGCCACGUGGUAUCACGCAAAGGGCGACACUAGCAACAACAACAGCAGUGCCGGCGGCGAAGCCGGUACCAACCCGGCCGGCGUACCCAACGCGACGCUCCUAAAGUGUUUUGCCGCGAUACUAAGUUAUCACUCGGGGACGAUAGCUUACGCGUCGUCGAUGGUGUCGGUGAUAACGAUGGUGGACGUUGUCCGCAAGUACGGCAGGGACGCCCUGAAGAAGAUGUACAAGCGGCCGGUCCUGCUUAUGUCGUGGCUGACGGUCCUCGUCAAGUUUUCGUACGACGCCCUGGCCAUGUGCGCCAUACACGGGAGCCCCUACUACGACUCGGCCAAGGACUCGUACGUCCUCCUGAUGAAGAACCCAAUGUCGUACUUGGCCGUCAACACCGUGAGCGAGUGCGUGAUAUUCAUCGGUCUGCUGUUGGCGCCUGUGCUGUCGAUCUGCAUGGCCGCGGUCUACGUUCAAUUGCUCGUCCAGACGGACCAUUUCAUCCAGCCGUCGGUGAUAUUCGCGGCCAUCCUGAUGACCGUGAUUAUAUCGGUCCUCAUGUCCCUCACGUGUUUCAUGGUGUUUCGCGCUGCCUCCAACACGAUCCGCUGCUGCGUCCUUGAGGACUCAAAGUUCAACCACGAGGCAGAGAUGAAGGUCUACGUGAUUCACGUCGACGACGCGUCCUCGGUCAGGGACGACGGCAACGGCAUCACCGUCAUCAGGGACGACAAGUAAGGUCUUUUUGCGUUUUUACGCAUUCGCCCAGCAGAGGCCCCGAAAGAGAACAUUUCUUUUUUUUCUUCCUUUCUUUCAUACUCCCGCUCUUUCGCCAUCGAAUCAUACGUACUUAUGUAGAUACCGGUAUAAUAUCGUAAGCAAUUGCAUCGUGUAUAUUUAUUUGUAGGGAUUCAAUGUGUCACAAACGUCCGUGAAACUUGUAAGAUUCAUCAUCCGUCGUGUAAAUUAUCAUUUUAAUGUACCUGUUCGUACAUGCACGUAUAUGAAAACCAUAAUUAUUAUUAUUAUUAUUGUUAUUAUUAUCAUCAUCUUGCAUAUUAUAGAUUGUAAGCACUGAUUUUUCGCUAAUCAGUCCAAGUGUGAUAAACAUUUAUGAAUAUUGCACGUGUGUAAUUUUUCAUUUGUAAAUAAACAAAAAAAAAAAAAAAAUACAGAAUCGUAGCAAUAAGUGUAUAA